UUCACCGCAGCUGAAGUCCCAGUGCGCAUGUACAACAAUGAUUACGCUAGUAAAAAAAAACGUCAACUUUGUAGCAUCUUCCAUUUUCUAUCGGCGCUUUCCAGAUUGGCGGGAAUCUCUUUAAUGAGAUCUAAGCAGCACGUUAAUUUGUUUCUUUUAAACGUAUGUUGUUUUAAUAUUGUAGACAUUUAAGAAAACUGAUAUACACAGCUAAGAUAAAAGGGAAGAGAUCCAAAAACAAUUAACCCCGCCCGCGCAAUCUGCAUUGGUGAUAAAACAAACGAACCUCCUCCACUGCCAUCGAUGAAAGCACUAGUCGAGAGCAGAUACGACUCAUUCCCUUAAAUAAUAGUCAAGAUUCGCCGUUUUUCUACUUUUUCUUCGUAUUCUUUGGAGGUGGAACAGGAGAGGUUCCACUAUGAUGGAGAACUGCAGCUUCCAGAACCAGCUGCUGUCCGUCAUGGAGGUUCUGGCCAAGGCUGCGGUGGCGGAGAUAGACCGGCGGGUGGAUGACUGCUGCGCGGUGCUCCGGCUGGAGGUGAGCCAGAGCCGGAGGGACAUCGAGCUGCUGAAGAGCAAAUGUGAGGUGAUGGAGGCAGAGCUGAGGAGGAGCAGGGUGAGGGUCCGGAGGAAAGUGUGGAGCGCUCCUGCAGAGAAGCUCUCCGCUUCCGUCAGGCAAGUUUCUCUGAAGGACGGGCGGGAGGAGGCGGAGCCUCUGGAGCAGCUUCACCAGUGUGCACACCUGGAACCUGGCAACGACACGGAGCGCGUGCAGGUUAAAGAAGAACGUGCGUGGAGGAUGGAGGCUGAGGACAAACAGACCUCUGGAUCAGAGCAGCUUUCAUGCUGCAUGGCUGCACCAAUGGCUCAGACUGAAGAACCUCCAGGAAGCUGUCCGUCACCUGAACACCUACCCAACUCUGAAUCCUCAGCAGCCGGCUACAGCACAUUUCCAGACCAGCAGCAACACGCCCACCAAGAGGAAGCAGAAGUUGUAUUGAAACAUGAGAAAGUGGAAGAGCCCGAGGAGGGCGCCUCGCCGUUCGCUUCGGCCUGCUCUUUUGUUAGCAUGGAAGCCGAAGCCCACCUGUGGCCCACAGAUUUGUGCAGAGAUGCUGGUGAUCCAGGUGUUUCUUUCUCUGGGCAGCAAACCCAGCAGAUUCCCAACACAUUUGCUUCCCAAACCAGCUUGCGUGUGGAAAAUGUAACUCCCAGAAUUCACUCAGCGGAGAAAUCUCAUGCGGUUUUGCUGAGUGCAGCCAGGGUGAAGCGUCGAGCUAGAACUUUUGGAUAUAAGAGGCCCCCUCUGGAUGACAGCGUUUUUGGGAAAUAUUCCAUAGACGCCAGCUUGAUUCCUCAUCCAUCAGAGCAUCCGUACAGAGACGACCCGGCUCUGGCAGCCCCGAGCCCCUCCAUGUCCCACUGCAGCCGCAGCAGUUUCAGCCUGGUGAGGAGGAUGAGGACACCCUGGAGGCCCGGCGUUGGCGAGAAGAGGUUCAGCUGCACGUACUGUGACAAAGGCUUCACCAGGUUCAGUCAGCUGAAAGAACACCUGAGGUGUCACACGGGGGAGAAGCCGUUCAGCUGCACGCAGUGCGGCCGCAGCUUCACCAAACAGUGCAACCUGAUCAGACACGCGGUGGUCCACAGUGGGGAGAAGCCCUACCAAUGCUCGCUGUGCGGGAAGUGCUUCACGCAGCGCUCCAGCCUGACAUCCCACCAGAAAACUGUACACUAGCAUCAAUUCAAUCACGCAUCCUCCCAGAACUCCAUGAACUUUAUUUUGCUUUGUUGUAGACAUGUUUUGUUGUUGUUCGGUGCUAUGCAUUGUAAAUGGAUUUAAGACAAACUGUAGUUUCACAUUCAUGUAAAAAACAUUUUUUAAGCAACAACAGUGUGAAUAGAAAUGCACAAAAACAACAUGUUUGAUUAUUAUUAACAUAAGUUUUAUCAUCAUCGUUAUUGUAAAAAAUCCAGAUAAUUGGGAUAAAUCUCUGUAUGCUGGGCACUAAGUACAGACGAACCUUAAAAAAGUUGUCAACUAUAUGAAUAAAAACCUCCAGACAUAGUUCAUCUUCCUUACA